GUCAGCCUACCUAAUGGGUCCGGGUGGAGCUGCAGUUCUAGGAAUUGGGAGGAUAUCUUUCUCCCACUCGUGUCUCCUCUGUGUGGUACUAGGUGAUACCAGCACUUGCUGCAGUAUCUUUAAAGGCAGCCGCGCUCAAUACCGCCCUUCUUGGAAUUCAAUAAAAGCCUUACCGCUGUGGACGAGUGAAGUGCCGCUGUCGCAGCAGCUGCUACCAGCUCUUUCUCCGAGACAAGCCGGGUCUUCCAACUCUAAGAAGAGGCACAGCUGGCGUAUCAGCCAAAGCUGAUAGUAGGCACUCCUGGCCGUCACAUCUACCUGGGCUGUCAUUUGGAGCGACGGAUCCAGAAGCACCCCAGCCUCCGAACACAGUCUUUCAGGAGGAGUGUAACCCCAUCCAGAACUGGUUGACACACCUCCAAACCCAGAAUAUGAUAGGCCAAAAUGAAUCCUGUGGUGCGAAGCCGGUAUCUACAUCUUAUUUCACAUGCUUGCUUUACAUUUUGGAAGGAUGGACUGGAAUAGAAUACCUGGAGGAAUAUCUGAGUUAUGUCGUCUAUCUCACAUGGCUCUUUACGCCACUACUUGUAGCUUUUAUACUUCCUACAAUAACCUUCCUCCUCCUUUACAUUUCUGUUAUCAUACUUCAUAUUUACAAGAGACGGACAGACCUAAAAGAGGCUUAUUUGAAUGAUUUCUGGGAUGGUGCAAGACAAAUGGUGUCAACUGUAUGGUAUGUUCAUGGAAGAAUAUGGAAUGGAUAUGAGUUACAUGGCCUAGAAAAAAUACCAGAUGGACCAGCUCUGAUUGUUUUUUACCAUGGAGCAACUCCUUUAGACUUUUACUAUUUGUUGGCUGUCACUCUUCUUAGAAAGAAAAGAAUCUUCCAUGUCGUUGCUGAUCACUUUGUCUUCUCACUGCCAGGUUUUAAAUUAUUACUUGAUGUUUUUGGUGUUCUGCGUGGUUCAAAGGAGGAAUGUGAAAAAGCCUUGAAGAAUGGGAACUUGUUGGCUAUCUCACCAGGAGGAGUUCGGGAAGCACUGUUCAGUAAUGAAAAUUAUAACCUUAUGUGGGGAAAUCGCAAAGGAUUUGCUCAGGUGGCUAUUGAUGCAAGAGUGCCCAUCAUUCCCAUGUUCACACAGAAUAUUCGAGAAAACAUUCGAACACUUGGAGGACUAAAAAUAUUUAGGUGGAUAUAUGAGUAUUUUCGUCUGCCAAUAGUCCCAAUGUAUGGAAACUUUCCUGUGAAACUGCGCACAUAUAUUGGGGAUCCUAUUCCAUAUGAGCCAAAUACAACUGCUGAGGAACUGGCGAAAAAAGGGGAAGAGGAAAAGAAAAAGAAAACAUUCUGCAAAACAAUUAUGGAUCUCAAUGUUAAGAAAUGCUUCUGUGUGUUUGAUAGGCCAAAGCAUCUGAAAAUCUGAUAUUUUUCUGAAGCUGGGAGGGUGGCUCACCUGGAUCUCUCCUGUGAUACCUAUGUUAUGCUAUGCUAUCACCUGAUUCAUACUCACGGAAAGUGGCAAAUCAUAUGAUAGCUCUGAGGAACAUCUUCAAAAGAUUGCAUGUGUCAUCUUCAUCUCCACAACAGAAAGCCAAUUCUUUAGGGAAUUUGCUCAGUGACAAGAUACUCCUUUGAGCAUGUCUAUAGGCCUUGAUUUUGAACAUGUGUGAAGGGCUAUGUAUAGAGGCCUAUAUGCACCAA